AUGGCGACGACAACAAUAAUAAUAGGGCACGAGGAGACGUUGACUGACCAGAUUUCCUUCGCUUACACACUGAACUAUCCUAUUAUUAUCACAACCUCGGCGCUAAAACAGCGACCCCCGAGUUUCAGCUUACCCAACACCGACAGACGACGAGACAGACGCCUUCGGAGUCCCCGGCACCCCCCUAAUAAGACGACGGUCGAAAACACAUCAAUAAUAAUACUUGAUCUCACAUGGCUCGCUGUUGACGACGUUUCAAAUGCUCUCAUGAGCGGCGGCAAUGAUAGUCUCGUCCUGGACGGUCAGUCGACCUCCCAGCGAGCUCUUAAAAAUGCAAGGGAAAUGGCUGCCUUCCAGGGCGCAAACAUCGCAUUUAAUGCCCACAAACUACAGCCCGGCUCUUCGAAUGCGCCUCAUAACCCCGGCAAAACGGCCCGAGCUGCCGUGUUAGCAGAUCACGCAAGACGUGCAAAACAACAGCCUUCCGAGGAUGACACUGGGUCCGAGAUGCCAGAGGAUGGGUUCGUGACGGACAGGAUAAAACAGUUCUCGGGAGCCCCGACGCCUGCUAGGAUACAUACCACGAAUACAGGAGGACACUUGGCCGCGAGAGAUGUUAGCAUCCCGAUACAGGCAGCUAGUCUGGCCGCGGCAAGGUCUGCCAGUCGGACUCCACAGUCUGCUCGACCUACACCAUCAGUAUCUCCGAUCAGGAUACAGCCAAGUGGACCACCAAAAGAUGUUAACCCCAAAACUCCAAAACCCGAACGUUCACCUGGCCGAAUCUCUCAACCACUCCCUGCGCCAAUUCCUGUGCGGAAAUCACUGGGUGUCAUCGACUCGCUUGCAAAGAUCACGGAUCAGGACAAAGAUAGGACGAAUAGCGUGUCGCCAAUUCAACGGAGCAGUUCUACAUUAACCACUGGAGCGCAGCCCUUACGAAACCCAACACCAAGGAAAGCCGCCAUUGACCGUCCAAAGUCCGCAGCCGCCACCACUCAAUUAUCUAUAGAAAAACCCUCCAAACCUCCAACCCCAAAUCAUAAGGAAGUCCAGACCGAAAGACAUGAUCGCAAACCCGCACCCGCGGUCCCCAAACCUAGACGUACGGCAACUGUGUCGGAUAAAGAACCAGCCAAACUAGUGCUGCCACCUAGAACGGCUACUCUGUCUUUAGAGCACGAAGGACAUACGAGCUCAUCUUCUGCUGCGGAGGAAAAGAUCAAUAGUAAUAGUAGACGGGUGCGAUCUACUUCGGUCAGCACACGCUCGUCAUACAACACUUCGUCAUCAGAUCAGGUCAAGGCAUCGAACCAUGCCCAAAGCGCUGCCCGCCUAGACAGCGGCGAUGCCAACCGUAUGACCAAAGAGGCCUUGGCCGAUGCUAUUGUCGCCUCUUCGCUGGCAUCUUCUCGCGCUGUGUCACCACUAAAGGAAGCUCCUCCGCUUCCGCCGAACCGACGUGCACGUUCACGUUCGCUUCUGCACCCUGCAGAUAUGUUCAAGGGAGAACCACAGCGUGCAACACCAAGUCCUCCUAAAGGUCUGCGGCAGACUCUAAGAGAUCCAUCCAAGUCUGACGACGAAGGAGCCAAGAAACAUGGGGGGAGACACCUGAUCCGCCAUCACCCUCACAAGUAUCACGAAGGCGACCGCAGGCGAUGGCGGCAAGAAAUCCCCGAACGCGAGCGCAAACGAUACGAAGGUGUAUGGGCCGCCAACAAGGGCUUGUGUGUUCCUCCGCAGGCAGUGUUCUCCAAGUUAUUUCCACGUCUCCCUGCGUCUGUGGUACUAUCUGAUAUGGUGGUUCAUCUUGUGGUGCGCGAUAUCUGGUCCCGUAGCAGGUUGCCUUUUUAUACUCUCGAGGGCAUCUGGAAUCUGGUCGAUCAUCACGGAAUCGGGCUGCUCUCGCGCGAGGAAUUCGUGGUCGGACUAUGGUUAAUUGACCAGAGUCUCAAGGGACAUAAAAUCCCGGUCAAGGUACCUGAUAGCGUAUGGGAGUCAGUACGGCAUGCGCCAGGCAUCAGGUUUCCGUUAAAUUUUGAGUGA